AUGGAUCCAAAAUUUCAAUCCGUAAAAUUUGGUCCAUGCUUUAAAACAGUAAUUAGUCCCAUACUAGCAAAAUGUAUAAAAAUUUUUCCUCUUCAAGGAAGUGAGACGCAAUACACAGAGCUCAAGACUUAUUUCACCAGUGCUGGUCUCGCAUUUAAGCUUGAGUGCAGUGAAACACCGAAUGUGAGCUGGAGCCGUUUCCCUAAUCAGAGGCUGGAAGGCAUCAGUGGAAUAAACAUUCAGGGAGGCGCGCUAUGGUUUCUACCUGCUGACCUCUCCCACAGCGGAUCCUACUCCUGUCUCACCAGAUAUGGCAAUGAAACCUGGACAACAAUAUUUUAUGUCUCCGUUGAAAAUAAAACAUGCCCCAAGUUGAACAGAAAAGAUGAAAUAACGAGAAUAAAGGAAAUCCCUUGUUUGCUUCCUCACAUCUUUGAGAUAGACCCUCAAGCUCAAGUGACCUGGAGAAAUAACUGCCACCCACUCAAUGUGACAAACAGCAAGGUUUUACCGAUAAACAGAUCCAAACACAUGUUUGGACUCUAUUCAUGCUUUGUGAGCUUUACUUUUGGAGGGCAGCAUUACUCUGCUGCCCAGACUACAGAAAUCUACAGCCGCUCUAAGGAUUAUGUGGUGACAAAGCCUGAAAUCAUCUACCCAAAAGAAGAAACAAAAAAAGUAACACUUGGUGAAAGUUACACUCUGAACUGCGAAGUUCUUAUUGGGAAGAACGACAGUGGAGAAACUGUUAUCCGCUGGGAUACUGACUUAAAAAAUCUCGAACUGGACUACAACAUAAGUAUUGUGAAAAAGGGGGAGUGGGACUAUAUGCUGUAUACUCUAUACAUCCCAGAAGUCACAGAAGAGCAUUUAUACACUAAUUUCACCUGUGUCGUUAAGCACCCAAGAGGUUCAGAUUCUGGAAAUGUCUUGCUUAUUCCUGUGAGUCAGAAUGAAGGUUAUUACUGCAUCGGUGUUGGUCUGGUGUAGGGAUCGACCGAUAUGCGUUUUUCAGGGCCGAUGCCGAUACCGAUUAUUACAGAUCAAGGAGACCGAUUACCGAUAUUUGAACCGAUAUGUGUCUAGUGUAAAAAUGAAAAUUAAUGUCAAAAUUAAGAAUAAAAAGGCCUCUGACAAAGACUCUCUUUAAAUUAUUUUAACACAUCUUUAAUUCCGAGAACUGUUCAUAAUAACAACAUUAAUAAUAAUAAUAAAAGUGGGACCACAGUAUGUUUCACGAUUAAGCCUAUGGAUAUUUUACUACAGCUAAACAGUUUAGGGAAAGGGAAGUAUUGGCAUCAAUAAUUUACAUGUUAGAAAUGUGCAAUAGCUUAACCUCUCAUAAUUAUUUUCUGAUGACUAAAAAAUAGCCUAAAAUAAUAGAGGUGACUACUCAAUUAAUAGUCUAAUGCACAUCAAUGGAUUAACUAAAAAA